GCUUGUUUUAAGCUCGGUCUCUCACUUAAUCUCAUCUCCCUUUGGCGCGUGUGUGUGUCCAUGUGUGUGUGUGUAGGGGGAGGACUCUGUUUCCAUUGGUUCAGCUUUUGCUGCCCACCCACAUCUCUUCCACAUCACCUUGGUGUCUCCCUAAAUAAAACGAGCCCUUCUUAUCGCUCCGAGGAAAUCAAGAGCGAGAGUUUGAAUGGAUUUGAUGUAAAUCUUUCCCCUUCUAAAGCUACUGCUGAGCUUGUGGGAGAAACUGGCAGCAGCCGGCCUGAGACUCUGCUGCUCUAAAAGGGUUUAAUCACUUUUGAAAGGGGAAGGAAGAGAUCUGGAUCCCAGUUCCAGCCAAGGACUGACCCAAAAAGCAGUGCCAGGAUUUAACCAACUAUCCCUGAUGGAUCUGAAGGACAGCACCAGUGAGGGCAGCAUGGGCAGCCUGCAGCCUUCCAGCAUCCAGAUUUUUGCCAAUACCUCCACGCUCCAUGGAAUCCGUCACGUCUUUGUCUAUGGGCCGGUGACCAUCCGGCGCCUGCUCUGGACCUUGGCCUUUGUGGGCUCAUUGGGUCUCCUCCUGGUUGAGAGUUCCGACCGGGUGGCUUUCUACUUCUCCUACCAGCAUGUGACCAAAAUGGACGAGGUUGUGGCAAACAGCCUGGUCUUCCCUGCUGUCACCAUCUGUAACCUCAACGAGUUCCGCUUUUCCCGGCUCACCACCAAUGACCUGUACCACGCUGGGGAGCUCUUGGCUCUGCUUGAUGUCAACCUGCAGAUCCCUAACCCGCACCUGGCUGACCCGGCUGUCUUAGCCAUCCUCCAGGAAAAGGCCAACUUUAAGCAGUAUAAGCCAAAAGUUUUCAACAUGCAGGAGUUCCUGGCCCGGGUUGGCCAUGACCUGAAGGAUAUGAUGCUGUACUGCAAAUUCAAAGGCCAGGAGUGCAGCCAUGAGGACUUCAAAACUGUGUUUACAAAAUAUGGGAAAUGCUACAUGUUUAACUCAGGAGAAGAAGGACGGCCUCUUCUUACCACAGUUAAGGGUGGCACAGGCAAUGGACUGGAAAUCAUGCUAGACAUACAGCAGGAUGAAUAUUUGCCCAUAUGGGGAGAAACAGAGGAGACAACGUUUGAGGCUGGAGUCAAAGUCCAGAUCCACAGCCAGUCUGAGCCACCCUUUGUCCAGGAGCUGGGAUUCGGGGUGGCCCCUGGAUUCCAGACCUUUGUGGCCACCCAGGAGCAAAGGCUGACGUACCUGCCUCCGCCGUGGGGUGAAUGCCGCUCGUCGGAUAUGGGCUUAGACUUCUUUCCCGUUUACAGCAUCACGGCCUGCAGGAUCGACUGCGAGACCCGCUACAUUGUGGAAAACUGCAACUGCAGGAUGGUUCACAUGCCAGGGGAUGCUCCCUUCUGUACCCCGGAGCAGUACAAGGAAUGCGCAGAGCCUGCGCUUGGUUUGCUUGCUGAAAAGGACAGCAAUUACUGCAUCUGCAGGACACCCUGUAACCUGACCAGAUACAACAAAGAGCUCUCCAUGGUCAAGAUCCCCAGCAAGACCUCGGCCAAGUACCUGGAGAAGAAGUUCAACAAGUCAGAAAAAUACAUCUCAGAGAAUAUUCUUGUGCUGGACAUAUUUUUUGAAGCACUCAACUAUGAGACAAUUGAGCAGAAGAAAGCCUAUGAAGUGGCAGCCUUACUUGGUGACAUUGGAGGCCAGAUGGGGCUCUUUAUCGGUGCUAGCAUCCUCACUAUACUAGAGCUCUUUGAUUAUAUAUAUGAGCUGAUCAAGGAGAAAUUAUUAGACCUACUUGGAAAAGAAGAAGAGGAAGGGAGCCAUGAUGAAAACGUGAGCACUUGUGACCCCAUGCCAAACCAUUCGGAAUCCAUCAGCCACACUGUGACCGUGCCGCUGCAGGCCACCCUGGGAACGCUGGAGGAGAUUGCCUGCUGACACCACCCGACCGCUCCACAGUGCCAACACCUAAGGAAGGGAAAACUGCACAGGGAAGCAGGGACCGAGCUCAGGUUUGCCACGGGGGAAAAAAAACACUAAAAAGAUAAUGACAAAAAUAGAGUAAAAAAUUAAAAAAAAAAAAGGAAGAAAAUCGCUAUGCAUUAAACCAAUAAAUAUAUAUAUUAUAUAUAUACACUCUGCCAAAACCAAGCGAGAGGCGCCUUGGACUUGACUUGUGUUGUCCUUUCCUGUGGGGGGGUUGUCUUCAGGAUGUGAAGGCAGCAGCUCGUUUUCGAACUGUACAAAACAAAGAGAGCACCACCAACCCCAGCCCCGCCAUGUCACAAACUGCCACGUGCAGAAAGCACUUGCAUGCCAGUUCUUUUUACGGCACUAUAUUCCUAUCUGUCUUUAUAAGCUCUGUUCCUCUUUACAGUCUCUGAUUUUCACUACAAGAAGGAACUCGCGGGCCCAGCCAUCCCCUGAAAUCACCAUUACUAACGUCGUAGGCUGAAUUAGAAUAAAGAAACAAAAAGUCGCA